AUGGCGGAGAGUGAAAUCAAAGCAGGAAGUGAGAGUGAUGUCACAUCACCCAGUGAACAAGGACUGGACUUUGAUGAAGAGACUUUGAAAGGUAAGAAUUCUUACAACUGUUAAUAUAACGGUUUAUUACCAACGGACCAAAGGAAAAAAGGAAAAUAUUUGACGACAAAAAAAACGUAAACAAAAUAAGGCAGCAAAAUGAAAAAGAUUCAUUUCAUUUCUUGGUCAACGCUGCUACAACUAAAGAACAGAAAUUGAAUCUCACUGAAAGAUGUGGACUAAUAAAGUAAGAUGGUUGAUGAACAAUCUGAGGAAGCUUAAGUAACGACGAAGGCGUCGUCAACGAGAACGGCAAAACAGCAAUAGAUUUAGAUUGGCAAAAUAACAACUCUGCACGUGCAUCACGCUUUUUUGUACAUUUCUUUGCCGGUACAGUCAAAAACAAUAGAUUUAGAUUGGCAAAACAACAACUCUGCACGUGCAUUGCGCUUUUUUGUACAUUUCUUUGCCGUUACAGUCAAAAACAAUAGAUUUAGAUUGGCAAAAUAACAACUCUGCACGUGCAUCACGCUUUUUUGUACAUUUCUUUGCCGUUACAGUCAAAAACAAUAGAUUUAGAUUGGCAAAACAACAACUCUGCACGUGCAUCACGCUUUUUUGUACAUUUCUUUGCCGUUACAGUAAAAAACAAUAGAUUUAGAUUGGCAAAACAACAACUCUGCACGUGCAUCACGCUUUUUUGUACAUUUCUUUGCCGUUACAGUAAAAAACAAUAGAUUUAGAUUGGCAAAACAACAACUCUGCACGUGCAUCACGCUUUUUUGUACAUUUCUUUGCGGUUACUGGAUGACUAUGACGUGAACUGAAUGCCUGUUUUCAGGUACUGUGGAGCCUGACGUGAACACAAAAGAACGACAUUUAUUACUUGUUUCCAGUUCUCCUUGACCGUUUUGUUGUUUUUAUCUCUUGUAUGCUUCAUUUAGAAGUGUCACGGAUAGAAACAGCAAAAUACUAGCCCCCACCCGAAAGGGAAAUUUUUUGUUGACCUCAAUGGACCGGGAAUUCUACGCGACGGACGUGAACACAAAAGAACGACCAUGUUUUUCUUUUCUUGAAGUUCGGUACACUCUUUUAGAAUUCAACUCCAGAAAAAAUCGCCAGCAUUUGACGAAUUGAACGAGAUGGAAUAAGUGCAAUGAAGUCAGGCUUCACUUUGUCAGUGACUUUUUUGUAGCCCUCGCCGUCGUCGUUACUUAAGCUCCCUCAAGGAGAAAAGGAAUUACGUAACAACGGGAAAACCUUAAAGAGAUUUUGAUGGACUUUUUGUUGGAUGAUUUUAAAAUAGUUACUUUAACGGAUGAUUCUGGUUGAAAGCCUUGUUGUUUAUUCAUUUCCUUUUUCCCAAAAAUCUAGCUAAUAUUUCAUUCAUAGAAAACUGACACAAUAAGGUUGCAGUCAUUGGUUCAAUAAAUGUUUAAGAAAUUUUUUGUUGACUUUUCGAACGUUUUCAGUGAUUAAAAAUGAGGAGGAAUAUUUGAAAUUAUUGUUGAACUUAAAGUGAAAAACUACAGUAAAAAGGCAAAGACCAGAUAGUUAACCAGUACGAGAAGGUGCCUCUGACCUUGCAUUAGGGGACUAACUGGUUUAAGCAUGUACAUUUGCCCAACCUUUUUUUAAUUUCCAGUUCAACCCGAUUUCACCCAAAACGCAACGCGUAGAGCGUUUGCAUUUUCCUCUUUGGCACUGAGAUUUUAUUGUUUUCAAGCUCAAUAAAUAAAUAAAUGAAUGGUGACCACCUACCCCUCCCCUAAGUUACAAUUUUGCACUAAGUGAAAAGUAGUGUUACUGUUAACUUAGGGAAGGGGUUGGUGGGCAGUUACCCAGAAACCCCUAUUAAUCAAUCCAAAAUACUGCAAAGAACAAUAACAAAAUAAACUAAACAAAAAAAGGGCGAAAAGUGAAAAACCACAAUAAAAAUCGAUGGAAACCGAAAACCCACAGAGCCUGGCAGUCAAAAACGGCAAUCAAAUCUUACUACAGUUUUUAAAUAAUUUGCAGAUGUUCAUGCAAAGUAAUGAACGGUGCACUAGUGGUACACAUCGUGGUAUUUACUUGAAGAGUUGUUGUUCUUGUUACCAACAAUACGGUAACUAAUAUGGAAACCCCCAAAACAUUUUUUCAAAAAUAAAACCGAGAGUCAUUAUAGCUCUUGAUAAAACUGAGUACACUAAAAAACAAAAAAAGAAAACCGCCAAAAGGGAAUUCUCCUGUAAAACCAUAAUUUGAAGAGGACGAAUCCCAAAAAAAGCGCCAAUAUGAAGUCCCCUAUUAAUGACGUGACAAUUACUGAUGUGACCCAAUGAUAAUCUCAAUAUACACCAAUGAAAAACUUGAUUCUUUGAAACGCUAAACUUGAUACUUCGACAAAAAAUCUUGAUUCUUUUAAAUGCAAUCUUGAUUACCUGAAACGAAAGCUUGAUUACAUUCGAAACAAAAUAAUCUUUGGGAUACAAGUCAACAUUAAACUUUAUUUGCAUAUCGGUUCUGAAUAGACCUUUCCACUUGUUCAACAAGUUAGGGAAAAUCUGUCGACAACAUGGAGCAGGACAGGAGCGUCUUAAAAUUAGUAAAAUUGUCAGCUCCGCAAAGUCGUUAAAUUUUACAGACGUUUGUAUAGUAUAGGGCACAUACAAACGUCUGUAAAAUUUCACGACUUUGUGGUGCACCUAUAUCUUAGUUGGUUUAAUUUUCAACAAAUCACUAUCAAACUUGGCAAUUUCACUAAUUUUGAUUGAAAAAACCGUGAAAGGGUUUGUUGACUGUAACUUUAGAAUCGCAACUGGGCGAAAAACUACCUGGAACAACCAACCAAUGCAAAAUAAACAGACCGAACCAGAUCAGGAGAAUGAAACAAGCUGAAAAAUUCAUAAAAAUUAGCGGCAAGUGAGCAACUGACUGAUUGAAUCUACCUCUCUCUUCUUCUACUCACACCAUAAGCUAAAAAUAAAAUGUAGAAUGGUUGAAGGUAGUACGGUAAAAUAUCAACACGUUCAACACGUACUAUUAAAGAUACUUCAAUUUGCUUCAUUUUCAGGAAUUGCAGAGGUUUUCAAUGAUGAAGGCAGUAAAGGUUGCGACAAAAGAGACUACAGCUACGCCGUUUACUUUUAUACUGAGGGGAUUAAAGUGAACUGCAAGGACAAGGAUCUGAUGGCUGAGCUGUACAGCAACAGAGCACAUGCACACCUUUUUUUGGGUGAGGCUGUUUAUAUUUUCCACGGUUUAGUAGGUUGCGUACUUGUAGGACUUUCAAUUAAUUGCUAUCAGGUGUUGUGCUUGUUCAAAGCCCCCACUGUUGUUUCGAUACAGAAAGGAACACUGAUAAGGUGUUGUUUGAUUUAUUGACCAGGCCUGUUGACAACGCAAGAAAAGAAAAGAAUAUUUUAUUUGGAGUCUUAUACAAGCUAGUUCAUAAACGUUUUGAAUUUCCAAAUGAUUCAAAAUUACAAAAUAUACUGGUCAUUGAUUCAUUACACUACGAUACGCGGGGGUGGGGGCAUUCCCUAUACAUGGAAGCUCCGCCCGAAAGGGGGGAUUUUUUCAGGCUCCAGGUAUAUCAAAUAGAAAAGAAUUUGCGAAUUAAUUAUGUAGAGGGGUAGAAACAUGACUUUAUCAUUUGAUCGUUUCGAUGAAACCAGCGUUAUCAUCGGCUAGGUCAUUUCAAUUUAUUGCUGCCAAGACGACUUUCAGUCACUAAGUAAACAUAUUCUUUGUAUGUUGAAGGGGUACUAUUUUUCAAUGGAAGGAAAAGGUCUACCUUUUGUGUUAGGGUAAGGGGCCGGCCGGCCGGACCUCGGGUCGGAGCCCUCUCGUAUGGAACUUUGUUGAGAGAUUUCCCAGUUUCUCUUUUUCAUACUUACGAAGGCUAACCCGCAUUAACCGAUUUUAUUUGCUUUGAAUUUUGUUUUGACUUGCCGCACCUGUUGUGACUUAUUUUGGGUUUGUUUUUUAUUUACACAUUAAUUUUAAAGGAAAUUACAGUGACUCACUGAGGGAUGCAAAAGAUGCCACUGACAUACGACCAUUGUUGGUAAAAGCCAUGGUAACAGGUAAUUGUAAUGUUACCCUAGUCUCGUUUAGAAACAGUGAUAGGCUUACCGUGAUAAUGUCAUUACGUUCAAAGAUCACCAGGAUCUGAGACACAGCACCCUUGCGUAUUUCAUGGUUUGGUUUUAGAAAGAUUUUUGAGACUGAACUUUAGGGGUUUGAUUAGUUUUAGUCUCAACGUGGUAGUUAUAGUGUCCAUGUUUACGGUUGCUUGAAUAAGAGAAUAUAAAGCGUAUAGCGUAUUUAUUAGUAAGAGUAUAGACAAAAGAAAUCAGACGCAAUUUGUUUUUCUCUAUCUCUUGGGCUCGAUUUUCCAAGAAACUUUGCCGGAAAGUGGACCUAAUAAUUGUUAAUGUUAUUGUAAAAAAAGCCAAAUAGACAGCAAUUUGAUGGUGCGCACUCCUAUGGACUAUUAGAAAUGACGUGAACAAAGUGUUCAAAACUUUGGAGUGAAACCACCCAUCUGCGGCUCGUGAUUUCACUUGAGUUUUGAACGUUGUGAGGUCACUUCUAUGGUCAGGAACCCACAGUAGUCAUGGGUUCCUGCUAUGGUUCAUAGCAGUGUUGACCAUGGAAAAUUGUUGUCCGCGAACGUUUGUUAAUUUCUUAUCAGAAACUGAUGGAUACGCCCAAGGGAUGCCAGAUUUGAGGGAGCUUUACUGUAUGCUGCAGUUUUACUGAAUUAUAUAUUUACAUAUUUCAGGAGCUAAAGCCUCUUUGAAGAUGAAUAUGUCUGAAAAGGUGAUCGCGUGGUGUGAAAGAGGAUUAGAAGUAUCCUUAUGUUCAUACUUUUUAAGUCCAUAGUAAGAAGGUGUUGCAGCGUACUAUACUCAUCACCAUACAUUCCCGGUUAUAAAAUAAUGUUAAAAUGCUUGCGAAUUUCUUCACCCCUUCCUUCCUUACGAUCCAGGUUGCAAAAAGAACUGUGUGUUUUCUCGCCUUCUUUGAUUCAUAUGUGGAAGUAAAAGCAGGAAAAAGAUAAGUCACUUUUCUAAACAUAGAUGUACAUAGCCUGUUAUACACUAACCUCUCUUUUGAGUAAAGGAAGCAUGGAGGAAGGCCAAGGUCAAGUCUAGUUUCAUUGUUAACGCCUUAACAAUUUUUAAGAUUGAUAAGGAAAACCAAACCUUGCUGGAACUGAGGGAACUUGCGUUAACAUGCGCAGAAAAAGAAAACACUGCUUUAGGAAAUACAGUCAUCGACAACAAGGUGUCUUUCUUUAAAAUAAACGUUUUUGUUUGAUUGUCUGCCAUAUAGGAAUUCUCUUCAUAUUUGACACAGCUGAGUUUAGUCAAGGGAAAACUUUGUUAAGGCGAUUGGUGUGGCGGAUUUAGUCAUAUCUUUUGGCUGGAGUUUAAGCACACAUGAAGAUCAAUCGUCAUUCUCUAAUAAGCUUCCGCAGAUGUAAUUUACUAAUAUGACGUUAAUAAAUCGAGCAGAGGGUUCAGAUAGAUGAGCUAAGGGAGCCCAUGGAAGUCAAUAAGGCUUACGACAAAAAGGGUAUUUUUUUUAUCAUGUUAACUGAAAAUACAACUUGCUGUCUAAGUUACAUUUGAGAACGGUUUGAAUGAAUUGAUACUGGCUACAAUCUUUGGAAGACGUCGUGGCCCGUUUUUCGUACGAGACGUAAAUACAAACAUAAGACAACAUUUACCUAGUCCCCGGGCCUCAUUAUUCCGCGCUGCCAAUGCGUUUCAGGUCACGUGGUACCGACGAGUUCGAGCGAGUCUGAACGUUAUUCGUCUCGGUUACGUCACCGAAAUACAUUGACCGAGAACAGACUAGGCAAAGAAAGCAACGAGAACAAUCGAUAUAUCAGUUGCUUUGGUAUUUAAGUGCCAAUGUAGCUUUGGGAAUCUAUUUCAAAAAUUUCCUUGAAACUAAGUGAUCACAAUUUGGGCCCAAAACCCUUUCAAAGUUUUAGCCCGUGACUCUAUGCAUGUUACUCCACGGUACACCUGAAAAUCAAACUAUUUUGGGAGCAAUUUUAAGUUGGAAAAAAAAUUAAUAAUAAUAAUAAUAAAACAGUCGCAACUUGGGACUUCAAGAAUUUUUAUGAAUUAACAGUAAGCUACAGCUUGCAUUAUACUUUCUCACCAGCCUUUUCAUGUCACACACAUUCUCUAGAAUGAUCUCCAUACGUUUCCGUAAAGAACUAGUUAUAAGAAUUUGAUAAAAGAUCUAAGCAUUUCCCCUUUGGUGAUUACUCAUGUUAUCAAUUUUUAUAACCUGUUGUCUUGAUUAAGUAUUGAUAAUGUUGAGAGAAAAAAAUUUGCUUCCAUUGCAUAAUAGACAGCUUUUAAUAGUGUCACCGGAAGUUUUUAAAACGUUUUAGAGAAAUUAAUUAAGAUAUUGUUUAAAUUUUCUAGUCUUUCCAAAAAAGCAAAAGCCAACAAGGACUACACAGCAGCGCUUUCAAAGAGGAUGGCAUGGACAGUUAUGACCUUGCAAUCAAAGCAUUGAAAAGAGGUGAUUUUAGAGCAGCCCGGGAUUAUUUUGAGUUAGAAUUCAAGCAGACCAAAAAGAACAAAGAAAUGGAUAGGGAUUACAAAGCAUGUUUGAACCUUGGUAGUGCUUAUGGCUCCCUCGGGCAGUUCCAAAAAGCAAUCGAAUUCCAGAAACCACAAAUAAUUAAUCCAAAAAACUGCAGUGAGAAAUGCGAUAACUAA